AUGGAUGGGCUAUCAAAAAGCUACACUGACAGUAUCUACAGCAAUGACCCAAGAGAGGACACCAAUGCCUUGGGCCUCACGCAUUCAAUAAACUCCAACUACAGUGGCUCUCCCCAUGAUUCUUCUGCAGUCGAGCCUCGGCCUAGAAAGAUGUCCAAGGCAUCAUUAACAAGUGUCUUUGAAGACACCGAGUACAACGGUCUGAGUGUCGAGCCAACCCCAACUCCUCUACCAAGACUUCAAAUGUUUAUCAUCAGUAUCAUCCUGUUCAGCGAGCCAUUAACAUCGACCAUCUUAUUUCCCUUUAUCUAUUUCAUGAUCAAAGACUUUCAUUUGUCAGAUGAUGAAAAGGAAAUCGGUGCAUAUGCAGGCUGGAUUACCUCGGUGUUUUUCUUGGCUCAGUUCUCUACAGCGAUACAAUGGGGCAAGAUAUCAGAUAAUCACGGAAGAAGACCUGUACUACUCACAGGUCUAAUUGGAAACAGCAUAUCAGCUUGUAUGUUUGGACUCAGCAAGAACUUGUGGUGGGCAAUUGGAGCACGAGCAUUUUGUGGAAUUGUAAACGGAAACAGUGGUGUGGCCCGAAGCAUGGUUAGCGAAAUAACCGAUUCGACAAACAGAGCAAAGGCUUUUUCGAUCUUUGGUUUCUGUUGGGGUAUUGGCAUGAUUGGCCCGGCUCUUGGUGGCUAUCUUAGCAGACCUGUUGAAGGAUUCCCUGAAUACUUUGGUGACAAUGAAUUCUUGAAGGAAUAUCCCUAUUUCCUGCCUUGCUUUGUGUCCUCCAUAGGAUCCUUUAUUGGUUUCCUCAUAGGUUACUUUUAUCUCAACGAAACUAACCCUCUGACAAUCGCCAAGAACAUUGAGAACGAAAAGGCAAAGCAAGAUGAAAUAAGAGAGUCUAAUGACACCAGCAGUAUCCGCACCAACAGCAAUACCGACAACGACACCGAGCGCCUAUUGUCUGCAGACCAUCAAACAUCCAGUGCACAAACCUACAAGACAUUUUCUAACGCUAACGAUCUCGAUGCUACUGGUUCCCAAUCAACCAAGGCAGAAGAAGAACCCAAGAAAGGCUACCUGAAUGCCCUUAGUUCGGUAUCCCGCGACUCGGCUUUGCUUAUCCUGGCAUACUCCUUAUUUGGUUUCCACUCCAUGGUUUUCGACGAAAUCUUGCCACUUUACUUUUUGGCCCCUACUUAUGCUGGUGGUCUAGGAUCAACUUCCCCUGAAUUUGCAAAGGCACUUUCAAUUCUGGGCAUCCAGCAGCUCAUUAUCCAGUUUUUUGUCUACCCACGCCUCAGCAGAAGUUUCUCGACUCUGGUCAUGACACGUUUUGCUCUGGUGGCAUUCGUCUUUGUCUACUUCCUCUUCCCAGAACUAUCGACUGUCAAGGAAUGGGUCAAUAUGGCAAUUGAGGACGAAAAUACAAAAGACUGGGUCUUUAGAGGAGUAUAUAUGAGUCUCUUGUUUGUAAGAUAUCUUGGAAACUGUCUUGCAUUCACUAGUUUGAUGAUCUUGGUCAGCAACUCGGCUCCAGCUGAAGCGCUUGGAACUGUUAAUGGUGUUUGCCAAUCUUGUCUUUCUCUAGUACGAGCAUUUGCACCCACGAUUGGUGGAACACUUUGGUCUAUUUCUCUUCGCACAGGCAGCGGUUAUCCAUUUGACCACCACAUGGUGUAUUAUAUUAUUGGCACUUUAGCCUUUUUUGGAUUACUUCAAACUUACUCUAUUCCAGCCGACAUUGCAUCACGUGGCAGACGUUGA